AUGCCAGAAAUCAAUGAUCCGAAGCUUGCCUCAUGGAGAAGAUGCAACCGGAUCGUCUGCUAUUGGAUUUUGAGGUCUGUUAACCGUAGCAUUGCAGACAGUGUGAUGUAUUUUGAUGAUGCAUCUGAAAUGUGGAAGGCUCUCCACAAGAGGUAUUCCCAGUCUGAUCCCCAUAGAAUAUCUGAAAUCCUGAAUGAGAUUUUUAGAAAUGUGCAAGGUAGCUUAAUUGUCAAUGAAUAUUUCGCCAAGAGCAAUGCUCUAUGGCAGCAAAUGAAUGCCUUAAGGCCAUUGUUAUUAUGUGAGUGUGUACCUAGAUGUUCAUGCACUCUCAUGAGCAGAAUGCAGAAGCAAAGAGAAGAGGAUCAAAUCAUCCGAUUCUUAGAUGGUUUGAAUGAAGAGUUUGAGUCUGUCAAAUCUGGAGUUUUAGUUAUGGAGCCAAUUCCAGAAAUGGAGAAAGUGCUUAACAUGACUCUCAAAGUUGAGAGGAAAAUCAAAGGAUCAAUUAGCCAAAAGUGUAGUGAAUUCAUCCAAUCUAAUGCUGUUCAAAACAGUCAAGUUGGAGAAGAACAGUCCAUGGUGGCAGUUUCAGCUUUUAAUAAUAAGAAGAAAUUUACUAAUAAUGGAGGGAAAAAUCCACCAAAGUGUACAUUAUGUGGGAUGCUAGGCCAUACCAUUGAAAAAUGCUACAAAAAGCAUGGUUAUCCACCUGGGUGGAUUGCUGGUUAUAAGUCCAAAAACAAAUAG